AAGGUCGGUAAAGACGAUUCAACAUGGUCAUCAGAAGAUUUAACAAGUGUUAAACAAACUAUAAAAGAAUAUAUUCCAUUUAUUAGAUUUUAUGAUAUUUCUAAGGAAGAUUUCUAUUUAAGAGUGUACCCAUAUAAAGAUCUUUUGCCUCAAGAUUUGCUCAAUGAUAUCCUUCGAUAUCAUAUGGUUCCAAAUUCCAUUCCAAUGUUGAAUUUCAAACCUUCUAGAAGUCGUAAAACUACCUCUGUUUUAAUUAAUCAUGAUAUAUUUAAGCUCUUUGCGAAAUGGAUCGAUAAUAAAAAUAACGAUUAUACUCAACAAAAUAUACCAUAUAAAUUCAACUUACUUCUGCGUGGCACUAGAGAUGGUUUUGAUCCUGAUAUGUUUCAUCAAUUAUGUGAUGAAAAAGGCGCUACGAUUUCUAUUGCAAGAAUUAAAGAUUCUAAACAAAUUGUUGGUGGUUAUAAUCCAUUAAGUUGGAACUCGAAUGGUUCAUAUAUGAAUACAAGCGAAAGCUUUUUAUUUUACAUUACAGACGUCGGAAACCUCAGUUCUGCUAAGAUAGGACGUGUUUUUAGGUAUCAUCAAAAUGCGAUAUAUGGUGAUAGUGGCUAUGGGCCAACUUUUGGUAAUGGGCAUGAUUUGUACGCACAAAAUAAAUCUUGGUCUGCUAGUAAUGGAAAUGCUUACACCAACAUUAACAUCCCAUCUAGUUUUACAAUUGAUGAGUACGAAGUAUUUCAAGUUGCGAAGAAAAGCCUUUAAAACUCUUUAAAAAUUUUUGUUUAUAAUUUUUAUAAUUUUUUUUUUUUUGUUACAUUGAUUUAUAAAAAAAAA